UUGUUAGCUGACUCAAACCCUAUUUCACGACUUGAGUUGAUCUCAUUUGCCCCGUCGAUCACGUAAAGUGUUUACAACUAUAUAUAAAGCGUAGAUGUGUUAUGAAGAAUGCAGUCUAUCAAAUGAAACCAAUCACCAAAUUAAUGGGGAAUAUCACCUUUUCCAUUGUUGUUUCAAUCUUGUUAUUACAUAGCUUUGCCUUCUCCUUGAAUUCUAUCACCACUGAUAAGCAUGCACUUAUUUCCUUCAAAAACUCCAUCACUUCCGACCCUUACGCUAUCUUGAGCAUCAAUUGGUCGCAAAAUACAUCAGUGUGUAAUUGGAUUGGUGUGUCGUGUGGCCGCAAACACCACCGUGUCACCGCUCUCAAUCUCUCUGGCUAUGAUCUUGCUGGACCUGUUUCUCCACAUCUCGGAAACCUUUCGUUUCUCAGAUAUUUGGAUAUGAGUUCCAACAGUUUCACGGGGAUCCUACCAUUUGAGCUAUCUAAACUGCGUCGUUUGAAGGUGAUGAAUGUGGGAGCAAAUUCAAUCACCGGAGAAAUACCAACAUGGCUGGGGAAUUUACCUCAACUUGAGAAACUCUAUUUGUACACUAAUAAGCUGAGUGGGUCCAUACCACAUAGUAUUUUCAAUGUGUCUUCCCUUGUAGAAAUUAGGAUUGGAAAUAAUAGCCUAUCAGGUUGGCUCCCAAGUGAUAUGUGCAAUAAUACGCCCAACAUCAGAAUCAUGUUACUUUCAUGGAACCAACUUGAAGGACAAAUUCCGCUAAAUAUAUGGAAAUGCACACGGCUUCAGAUCCUCUCAUUAUCCUUCCACAAUUUCAAUGGCAACAUCCCAACUGAAAUUGGACGAUUGGGAAUGCUUACAAAGUUGUACUUGGGAUAUAUCAAUGGUUAUCGAGGAGGAAUUCCGGUCGAAAUUGGAAAUCUUUCAAGACUAGAGAUAUUAAGCAUUGCAAACGCUUCUCUAACCGGAGAUAUUCCAUCUUCACUUUUCAACAUAUCUUCCUUGACACAGUUGGGCUUAUCUGACAAUACUUUGUCUGGAAGUAUCCCAACUUUCCACAAUACACUCAAGCUACAGAAGUUAUAUCUUAAUAAUAAUAAGUUAACAGGUUGGGCUAAAAAUGACAUGUGCAACAAUAUGCCCGACAUCAAAGAACUUCACCUCUCUAAUAACCUACUUGAAGGCCAUAUUCCAUCAAAUAUUUGGAAAUGCAGACAUCUUGAGAUGUUGUCAUUAUCCUUCAACAAUUUCAGUGGCUUCAUCCCACGUGAAAUUGAGAGAUUGAGUGUGCUUAGAGAGUUGUACUUGGGCUACAAUAGUGAUUUUCAAGGAGGAGUUCCAGCAGAAUUAGGAAAUCUUUCAAGAUUAGAGAUAUUAAAUAUUGACAAUGCUUUUUUAACUGGGGUUAUUCCAUCUUCUAUAUUCAACAUAUCUUCCUUGACAUACUUAAGCUUAUCUGGCAAUAGUUUGACAGGUUGCCUUCCAAGUGAUAUGUGCCGCAUGUCAAACAUCGAAAACCUUAGUCUCUUUGGGAAUAAACUUGAAGGACAAAUUCCAAAAUAUAUACGGAAAUGUACACAUCUUGAGACCUUGUCAUUAUCCUAUAACAAUUUCAGUGGUAGCAUUCCGUUCGAAAUCGGGAACAUGAGUAUGCUUAGGGAGUUGUAUUUGGGCAUGAACGCCAUUCAAGGAGGAAUUCCAGCUGAAAUAGGCAAGCUUUCACGACUAGAGAAAUUAGACAUUGCAAAUGCCUCUUUAACUGGAAAUAUCCCAUCUUCCAUUUUCAACAUAUCUUCUUUGACACACGUGAACUUGGGCUACAACAACUUAUUUGGUACUCUUCCUUCCAAGUUAGGGAUUUUACUUCCCAAUCUUGAAAGGCUUUAUUUGGGUGAAAAUAGACUGGAGGGUCCAAUUCCAAGCUCCAUUAACAAUGUUUCGAAACUCAUCGUGUUGGACUUGGGUGACAACUCAUUCAUCGGCUCCAUACCCGACUUUGGUAAUUUGAAACACCUACAAUCCAUAUAUCUACAUCAAAAUCGUUUGAAUGCAGAGAAAUCCCGAACUCAGGAGUUGACAUUUCUCUCUUCAUUAACUAAAUGUCGCAAUUUGAAGUACUUGGCCUUAGCAGACAAUUCAUUGAAUGGCAUCCUACCCGUUUCAAUUGGGAAUUUUUCCUCGUCUCUUCAAAGCAUGUGGCUACAUAACAGCCACAUCAUGGGUGCAAUUCCUUCUGAAAUCGGAAAUUUAAGUAGUUUGUUGUUACUAAAUCUACGAGAGAAUCAAUUACGUGGGCACAUUCCUCCAACUAUUGGGAAUUUGAAGAAACUUCAAAGACUGUUUCUUAAUGGAAAUAAGUUGGGAGGGUCUAUCCCUAGUGACAUUUGCAAAAUGAAUAAUUUGGGGGGUUUGUACCUUCAUAAAAACAUGCUUGUGGGCCCAAUACCUGAAUGUAUGGGUGAAGUUAAAUCUAUGAGAUUGCUUGACUUAGGAUACAAUCACUUGAAUUCCACUAUCCCUUCUAGCUUCUUGAAUCUUACAGACCUCUUGGAAUUGAGCUUCUUCUCAAAUUAUCUGAAUGGCCAAUUGUCUUCACAACUUGGAAAUUUAAAGUCAAUCAGCUAUGUAGACUUGUCCUUUAAUCAAUUUUCAGGUGAUAUCCCUAGCUCAAUUGGUGGUUGCCAGUCAUUAGAAUCUCUUUACUUAUCAAAUAAUUUGUUGGAAGGAUCUAUUCCCCAAUCCUUAGCAAGUGUUAGAAAUUUGAUAGCAUUGGAUCUAUCUUACAAUAACCUUUCUGGAUCUAUACCCAAGUCAUUAGAAGACCUUCAUUUUCUUGAGUAUUUUAAUGUUUCUAACAAUGAAUUGGUGGGGGAGAUUCCAGAUGGGGGUUGUUUUGCUAACUUGAGUGAUAAGUCUUUUUCCAACAACCUUGCCCUUUGUGGUCUAACGAGAUUUGAAGUUCCACUUUGCAUAGAAAAUCAUCAUGGAUCAAGAAGCUUGAAGAAAUUUAUGGUGCCUUCAGUGGUUUUAGCUGUAAUUAUGGUGAUUAUCAUCCUCGUGUUUAUAAAGAAAUUUAAACCGAGGAAAUCAUCACUGCUUCCCAUUGAUAUUUCACCGGUGACUGAAUAUAGAAGAGUUUCUUACAUAGAACUAGAGCGUGGAACAAGUGGUUUUAGUGAGAGCAACCUUCUUGGGAGAGGAAGUUUUGGUUCAGUAUUUGAAGCAACACUUUCUGAUGGGUUGAAAGCUGCAAUAAAAGUUUUCAAUUUGCAAUUACAAGGGGCAGAAAUGAGCUUUGAUAUUGAAACUGAGAUACUUGGGAGCAUUCGACAUAGAAACAUAGUUCGAGUGAUUGGAUGUUGUAGUAGCCCAGAGUUUAAAGCUUUGGUUCUCACAUAUAUGCCGAAUGGGAGUUUGGAUAAAUGGUUAUAUUCCAACAUGCAUAGUCUACAUCUUAUACAAAGACUAAAGAUAGCAAUAGAUGUUGCGUCCGCCUUGGAAUAUCUUCACCAUGGCCAUACAUUCCCAGUUGUCCAUCGUGAUGUAAAGCCAAGCAAUGUUUUGCUCGAUCAAGACAUGGUGGCUCAUUUAGGUGAUUUUGGCAUUGGGAAGCUUUUUGACAACGGAGAAGUUGUUGUCCAAACACAAACAUUGGCGACUAUCGGCUAUGCAGCACCAGAGUUGGGAAUGGAAGGAAAAGUGUCCACACAAGGAGAUGUGUACAGUUUCGGGAUAAUGUUGCUCGAGAUGUUUACAGGGAAGAAGCCAACAGAUGAUAUGUUUGAUGGGGAAAUGAGGUUGAAAGAGUGGGUAAGUGAAUCAUUACAAAAAAACUCAGUUCCUAUUGCACCCGCUUUGCUAUCUAGCGAAGAUCGGGAUUUCUGUGCAAAGGAGCAAUGCGUGUUGUCAAUUUUUGAGCUGGCAAUGAAAUGUUUAGCCACUACACCUCAUGAGAGAAUCAACAUGAUUGAAGCAGCGAACACUCUCCAGAGGAUCUAUGCAACAAUGGUAACAGAAAGACGUCGUCCACGAUAUGCAUUUUCUGUUGGUGAUAGAAAUCCAUGGGUUCCAUCCUAAAACCAAUUGGUGAUAGGAGGAGGGGCCCAUGAGACUUAUAUACUAGUUUCAGUUUUUUCUUGUCACCGAUGUGGGACAGUUAUAUGUUAUAUUUUUAGUUUCAAUUUGUUAGCUGACUCAAACCCUAUUUCACGA